AUGCAUCUCCUCCUACUCACGUUAGUAUCACUUGCGGCAUCAACCGUCGCCGCCCCAGCAUCUGGUUCCAAUGCCUCUAGCCUCCAGCACUGGCUCUACAGCAGCCAAAUCGACGACAAAGCCAUUGAACUCCUAGACAGCCCGGAUCUCAUUGGCGUCCAAGCCCUCUACAGCUGGAAAUCCCUCGAGCCUUCUCAAGAUGAAUACGACUUCUCCACCAUCAAAAACGACAUCUCUCGUGUUCAAGCAAAGGGCAAAAAGUUCUGGGUCCAACUCCAAGACAGAACAUUCUCUGCCACCAACGACCCCGUCCCCAAAUACAUGCACACGCCGCAAUACAACAACGGUAGCGCACCGACCUGCGACGGCGAAGCAUGUGACAUCGACUUCAAAGUCGACGGAUGGAUGGCACAGCAGUGGAAUCCCGAGGUGAGAAGGCGGUAUCAAGCGCUUCUAAGUGCCUUGUCCGAGGAGCUCGACGGCAAAAUCACCGGCCUCAACUUACCCGAGACGUCCAUCGCGGUAAACCAGAGCCAAGACAACUUUACCAACGAGGCCUACUUUCGCGGCGAACUCGAAAACGCCGGAUUCGCCGCCAAGGUCUUCAACAAGACAUAUAUAGUGCAAUACGUGAACUUUUGGCCAGACGGAUGGAACGACGCCAACAACCGCUUCACUGAAUCCUUCGACUUUUACGCAGAGCAUGGAGUUGGUGUUGGCGGGCCAGAUCUUAUCCCCUUCAAGAAGGCGCAGGUUAGCAACUCGUAUCCGUUCAUUGCCAAGUAUCACGAUAAAGUGCCCGUCGCUGUCGUCGCUGUGCAGGAGCCAGAUCUCGAGGAGCUCAAUCCUCGGACGGGAAUGAAAUUCACCAAGGAGGAAUUUGUGGACUAUGCACAUAAUGUGUUGAAGGUACGCAUCAUCUUUUGGGCGACGUCUUCACCUUGGUUGCAGAGCAAUUAG